UUGUGUUUCUCACUCAGUGGACGUUUCGGUUUUCGAACAUGGCAGCGCCGACUAGUGUCGUCGUCCUAGAUAGAGGAAAUAAUACAACCUGCACCAUUAAUUUACACGGAGCGACAGUUGUUUCCUGGAGGGUAAAUAAUCAAGAACAACUAUUCGUAAGCAAGCAAGCAGUUUUUGAUGGGAAGCAACCUAUUCGUGGAGGAAUCCCUUUUGUCUUCCCUCAAUUUGGACCGUGGAAUUAUGGGCCACACCAUGGCUUUGCUCAAGUUGUUAGAUGGAACCUCGAAAAGGGUCCCGAACGACUACCUAGUGGUGACGUGGAAGCAAUAUUUUCCACCAUGGACAGUGACUGGACGAGAUCCAUGUGGAACUAUCCCUUUCGCCUGACAUAUCGGCUCAUACUUAGAGAGAAAGAGUUGCACUUCAUAAUCGGCGUGUAUAAUCCUAGUAAAGACAUAACCUUCAGUUUUAACAUGCUACUUCAUACGUAUUUCAAAGUGCCCGAUGUGAGGAGGUGUCAAAUCACAGGACUUCACGGGUGUACUUUUAUAGAUAAGACUAGAGAUGGUGCAAUUUACCAAGAAGGGAGGGAGUCGGUAACCAUAGGCGAAUGGACUGAUAGGAUAUAUCAGAACACCCCUCAGGAACACAUUAUAACGAAUGUGGUCUCAGGAAGAAAAAUGAGAAUACAGAAGUACAAUUUCCCAGAUACUGUUGUUUGGAAUCCUUGGUCAGAUCAUAGUAAGGAUUAUCCAGAUUUUGGAGAUGAUGAAUUUCCAAACAUGAUUUGUGUGGAGUCCGGUCAUGUUUCUAGCCCGGUUCAUUUAUUGCCAGGCACUGCCUUUGAAGCCAGCCAAAUUCUACAGGUUAUGUAGACUGAAUCAUGGCAAGUUCUCUAGAUUUAAAUCUUGAUUUAAUUCAGGUUUCUCAUCUAUGAUAGGAAAUAUAUAUU